AUGAAGUUCGGAACAUUACUGGAGCUCAACUCGAACGUCGAGUGGUGGGAUCACUAUGUCGACUACGCAGCCCUGAAAAAGCUCUUCCCGUCGGUCCCCCUCGACCCGACCUACCUCGCUACGCAGCAGCACGCCGAGUCCGGUAGCCUACUUCCCACGCACCGCAGUGGCACUACCAAGUGGGCGUCGCCGGAGCAGUUCAAGGUAGCCCUCGACCAUGAGCGGACCAAGGUCGACAAGUUUUACGAGACUAAGCUCGCUGACCUGCGCAAAUCGACCGGAAUCCUGCAGGGCGAGGUCGACUCAAUCGAGCAGCGCGAGCUGAUGGUUGACCUUGAUGAGGUCAUCCACGAGGAGGAUGAGUGGGAUGAGGAGGACGCUGACGAACGCGCCAACCUACUCUCCGAUCUGCCGCUGCCAGGCUCAAUUGGGGCGCCUCGCAAACGCGGCUCGAUCUUUGGUAAGCUGCCCUCCUUCCCUCGGCGGUCAAGCGUCACCAGCGACUCGGCCGACAUAAUACAGUCGUCUCUCCCGGCUGAGGUACGCUCCAGCAAGUCACGGCAGCGCUCCCGCUCUCUCGUUCUCACAGGCAGCAGCACUGAGGACGAUCCGUUGGCGUCGCAGCCUCCGCUGAGCCCCCGCGCCAAGCGCCGCAGCCGCACUAUGAGCGACUACUCGAGUGCGGAAGAUCACUUUGAGCGCCGCGGCUCGAUGAGUUCGAUAUCCUCGGGCGGCGGACUGUGGCGCACCUCUUCGCGCCGCGUCCACAAGCUCGGUCUCCAGCCCAUGGACCCCUCGUCGUACCCCGAGUGGCUCAGGGACGAGCUCGCCAAGGCCUCGGACGUCGAGUCUGCUAAUAUCAAGCACGUCUACUAUGUGUGGAGGGGCAAUACCGAUUAUGCGACUGUGUUGCGCAUCGGCAUGAAGAAGCGGAUCUCGGCGCUCUGGCUUGACCUGUACGCGCUCAAGCAGUAUGUCGACCUCAACUUUACCGCGUUCCAGAAGAUCCUCAAGAAGUACGACAAGAACACGAACAGCAAGCUCAAGAAGGCGUACAUGUCUGACGAGGUGCUCAAGACGUAUCCCUGGACGGACGCGGCAAAGGCCGAUCUGGACCUGCUCCUCAACCAGGUGCUCUUCCUCUACCGCCGAGUCGUUGUGGCUGGGGACGAGGAGCUAGCCAAGGAGCAGCUCCGGGCGCAGCUGCGCGAGCGUAUUGUUGUCGACCGCGAGACAGUUUGGUCGCAGAUGGUUGGCGACCGCCGCAAAGGUAUCUUCCGCUCGGUCGAGCCCGAAACCGAGCUGCCCGCGUUCGAGGAGACCAAGCGGGCGAUACGCACGCCGUGCGGGCGCAUCCCGGUGCCCAAGUGGUUACUCAAGAAGAAGUUCAUUAUCUUCCUCAUUGCAGUGCUGUCCAUGGUCGGCAUCAUCCUCGCGCAUCCCAUGGACCGCGUUGAGGAGAGCAACUGCCUAGCGCUUCUUGUGUUCUGUACCAUCCUCUGGGCGACCGAGGCGAUCCCGCUCUUCGUCACCUCGUUUACUGUGCCGAUUCUUGUCGUUAUCCUCGGUGUCCUGCGCAGCGACGAGGAUGACUCGCGCCUCCCUGCGAAUGACGCGACCAAGUUCAUCUUCUCCGUCAUGUUCUCGCCCACAAUCAUGCUCCUCAUCGGCGGCUUUACGAUCGCCGCGGGUCUCUCGCGCACGCGGCUAGACCACAUGGCCGCGAGCCGUAUCCUCUCGUCGGCAGGCUCGAACCCAAGCUUUGUGCUCCUCGUGCUCAUGUUCGUGGCCACGUUUGCGAGCAUGUGGAUCUCAAACGUCGCCGCGCCGACGCUCUGUUACGCGCUCGUCCGCCCGAUCCUCGACGAGCUCCCGCCCAAAAGCGUCUUCUCCAAGUGUCUCAUCCUUGCGAUUGCGCUCGCUUCCAACAUUGGAGGCAUGGCGUCGCCGAUCUCGUCGCCGCAGAACCUCAUCGCUCUAGGCAGCAUGGUGCCCGAACUCACGUGGAUCGAAUGGUUCGCCAUCUCGCUCCCUGUCGGCAUCACCUCGGUUGUAGCGAUCUGGGCUUUCCUCCACUACGACUACCGGUGGGAGAGCGACCUGCGCAUUCCCAAGAUGCGCAAGAACACGGACUCCCUGUCGCGCAAGCACUACUUCGUCCUCUUCUUCACGGUCUUCACCAUCGCGCUGUGGUGCAUCGAGAAGAAUAUCGAGAGCUUCAUCGGCGACAUGGGCAUUAUCGCCAUCAUCCCCGUCAUCGCCUUCUUCGGCAGCGGCAUCCUGCGCAAGGAGGACUUCCACGACUUCCAGUGGCCCAUCGUUUUCCUCGCCAUGGGCGGCAUUGCGCUCGGCAAGGCUGUCCUCAGCUCUGGCCUCCUCGAGUCGAUGGACAAGUUCCUCCUCAAGCUCGUCCAGGGCAUGGGCCUGUACUCGAUCCUGGUCGUGUUCUGCUCCAUCUCCCUCGUGGUGGCGACCUUCAUUUCGCACACGAUCGCCGCCGUCCUCCUCGUCCCGAUCGCCGAGCGCAUCGGCAACUCGAUGGCCGACCCCCACCCGCGCCUCCUCAUCAUGGCCACGGCACUCAUCUGUUCGGCGGGCAUGGGUCUCCCCGUCUCGGGCUUCCCGAACAUGACUGCGAUCACACAGGAGAACAAGCUCGGCCACCGCUUCAUCAACGCCAACGACUUCCUCCGCAACGGCAUCCCCGCCUCCAUUUUGGCGACGUUUGUCAUCUGCACGAUAGGCUACGCCAUCAUGCGUGCUCUGGAUCUCUGA